AUGGAAGGCGGUGGUGGUGGUGGUGGUGUCGUGUCGUUGAAAAGGCCAUUAGACUGCGCUCACGAACGUCAAAACAACAAAAAAGCUCACUUUAUGGAGAUCAACCCACCAAACAAGCAGAGGAGAGUCGGAUAUGUGUUUAGUCACAAUUAUAUGAACAUAGCGGAUCUGUUACCAUCGAAUAUUGGACGGUCACGACUAGUUCACGGGCUGAUCCAUGCUUAUUCGCUACCAUCGCUUAUGAUACCUAUACAUCCUCAACAAGCUACCAUGGAUCAAUUGUCUGCCUUUCAUGAAGCCGAGUACCUGAAAUCUUUGACUAUAGCUGAGCAGUCAGUUGUUAGUGUCAAUGCCGCAGAUUUUGAAGAGUAUGGACUUGAACAUGACUGUCCAGUCUUCCCAGGCCUUACCAAGUACUGCAGUUACGUCGCAGGGAGCUCAAUCACAGCAGCUCAACAACUGGUAUCUGGAACUUGUGAUGCUGCUAUUCAUUGGGAUGGUGGGAGGCAUCAUGCUCAACGAGACAAAGCCGCUGGAUUCUGUUACGUGAACGAUAUCGUGCUAGGAAUACUCGAACUACGAACCAAGUUUUCUCGAAUCUUGUAUAUCGAUGUGGAUGUUCAUCACGGUGAUGGUGUCGAGCAGGCUUUUCUGUUUAGUAAUCGGGUUACGACGUUGAGUUUCCAUCGUGCUGAUGUUGGGUUUUAUCCAGGCAAAGGAAAGGGCUACGCACUCAACAUUCCCUUAAAACAAGGACUAUCUGGACCAUCACUCCUCCGUAUCUUCCUCCCCAUAACACGAGCACUCAUAUCAUCACUUAAACCAGACUGUAUCGUCCUAUGUUUAGGUGCAGAUGGCCUCUCUGGCGAUCGCUUAAAAGGUGGAUGGAAUCUAGACGUGCAAACCAUCCCUGCUAUCGUGAGAGAAGUCAUGACGUGGUCGCUCCCGACUUUGAUGUUGGGUGGUGGAGGGUAUAAUUCACCUAAUUGUGCGCGAACAUGGACGUUAGCUACUGCUGCUGCUUUGGGAGUCGUAUUGCCAGAUGAGAUACCGGAACAUGAUGCAUUGCCAGAAUUUGGGCCUGAUUUUUUAAUUAGUGCUCCAUGUGGGAAUAUGACGGAUUAUAAUUUGGGUGUGUUGGGUGAUAUUGUGGAGGAUGUGUUGGGUGUGUUGACACCAGCUGCCAAUUAA